AUGAUCAAGAAAUCAAAUACUCGACAAUAUGAUCAAAAACAUCAAUUAAUAUAUGAACUUGAAAUUCUUGUGCGUUUAUAUUUCAGCAAUAUAUACAUAUAUAUUGCUCAUGUAUGUUUGUUUAUUUGCUUGUCUUUUUUCUAUAAUUUUAAUCGCACUUAUUUUAUACUUAAAUAUGUAUCUAAUGAUACAUUAGCUUCAUCAAAUUUAAAAUUUUAUCAACAUUUAAAUAAUACUUGA